AUGCUUUCCAGUCGCUUAAUAUCACGAGCUGUUGCUCGCCCGGCUUUCCAGAAGUCUACGCUCCCCAGCGUUGUUGCUUCCUCUUCGCUGUCGCGAUUCAGCCGUGGAUAUGCCUCUUCGGCUGAAUUUCUUGCAGAGGAGAAGGAUCUCGUUGUUAUCGGUGGCGGCGUUGCUGGCUACGUCGCUGCUAUCAAGGCUGGACAAGAGGGCAUGAAGGUUACCUGCAUUGAGAAGCGUGGCUCUCUCGGCGGUACCUGCUUGAAUGUCGGCUGCAUCCCCUCAAAAUCUCUCCUCAACAACUCGCAUCUCUACCACCAGAUUCUUCACGACACCAAGGCCCGCGGUAUCGAGGUCGGCGAGGUCAAGCUUAACCUGGCCAACUUCAUGAAGGCCAAGGAGACUUCCGUUAGCGGUCUUACCAAGGGUAUCGAGUACCUCUUCAAGAAGAACGGCGUCGAGUACAUCAAGGGUGCCGGUUCUUUCGUCAACGAGCAUGAGAUCAAGGUCGACCUCAACGAGGGCGGUGAGACCAGCGUUCGCGGCAAGAACAUCCUUAUUGCUACUGGUUCCGAGGCCACUCCUUUCCCCGGUCUUGAGAUCGACGAGAAGCGCGUUGUCACCAGCACUGGUGCCAUCGCUCUUGAGCAGGUCCCUGAGACCAUGACCGUCAUUGGUGGUGGUAUCAUUGGUCUCGAGAUGGCCUCCGUCUGGUCGCGACUUGGCUCCAAGGUCACUAUUGUCGAGUUCCUCGGCCAGAUUGGUGGCCCCGGUAUGGACACUGAGAUUGCCAAGAACACACAGAAGAUCCUCAAGAAGCAGGGUCUCGAGUUCAAGCUCAACACCAAGGUUGUCAGUGGUGACAAGUCUGGCGAUAAGGUCAAGCUUGAGGUUGACUCUGCCAAGGGUGGCAAGCCCGAAUCUAUCGAGUCCGACGUAGUCCUCGUUGCCAUUGGUCGACGACCUUACACCGGCGGCCUCGGCCUUGAGAACAUUGGCCUUGAGGCUGAUGACCGCGGCCGUGUCAUCAUUGACUCCGAGUACCGAACCAAGAUCCCCCACAUCCGAUGUGUCGGUGAUGUCACCUUCGGCCCUAUGCUUGCCCAUAAGGCUGAGGAGGAGGCUGUUGCCGUUGUCGAGUACAUCAAGAAGGGGUAUGGUCAUGUCAACUAUGGUGCCAUUCCCUCCGUUAUGUACACCCACCCUGAGGUCGCCUGGGUCGGCCAGAGCGAGCAGGACCUGAAGAACCAGAACAUCCCUUACCGAGUCGGAACCUUCCCCUUCGUUGCCAACUCCCGAGCCAAGACCAACCAGGACACUGAGGGUAUGGUCAAGAUGCUCGCUGAUCCCGAGACUGACCGCAUUCUCGGCGUUCACAUCAUCGGCCCCAACGCUGGUGAGAUGAUCGCUGAGGGUACUCUGGCUCUCGAAUAUGGUGCUUCCAGUGAGGACAUUGCCCGAACCUGCCACGCUCACCCCACACUUGCCGAGGCCUUCAAGGAGGCUGCCAUGGCCACUCACGCCAAGGCCAUCCACUUCUAA